UUGUUAUCCUUACUUAUGAUCGUUAUAACCUGGUAUGUCAAACUUUGGAGAGCUUUUUAAAUCUUCCUUAUCUACACUCAAUCGUGGUUAUUUGGAACAAUCCCGUUACUCCACAUCCUGAUCUUAGCUGGCCACAGUUGCAUGUACCAAUCAAGGUGAUUCACAGUCAAAAUAAUAGUUUGAAUAAUCGAUUCUUGCCGUAUGAUCUGUUAGAGACUGAUGCAAUAUUGUCUAUAGAUGAUGAUAUUCAGCUACGUCACGAUGAAAUCAUUUUGGUUUCCGCGUGUGGCGUGAACAUCGUGACCAGUUGGUCAUGGUCUUAUAAUUCUGAUUACACAUGUGAAUUCUCAAUGAUUCUUACCGGAGCUACAUUUUUUCAUAAGUACUAUACAUUUGCAUACACAUGGGAAAUGUCAUUAGAUAUUCGUAAGAUGGUAGAUAGCUAUUUCAAUUGUGAAGAUAUAGCUAUGAAUUUUCUCAUCGCUCAUAUAACCAGGAAACCUCCUCUGAAAGUUACUUUACACUGGUCAUUUGACUGCGUUUACUGUGGUUCCACCUUACAUGACCGUUCUGAUCAUUACAUUUCUCGAUCUCAUUGCAUUAACUGGCUAACCAAUCAUUAUGGCUACAACCCUCUUAUUUACAGCCAGUAUAGAGCCGAUUCACUUCUGUUCAAGACACGUAUUCCACCUAAUAAGCAAAAAUGCUACAAAUACAUAUGAUGUUUCAACUGCCUUUACUUGUAAAUUAUUCCUACUCUCAUAUAUUGUCCCGUUACUUAGUGUAACCUCAUGUUUAACAAAUUGCUUUCUUCAUGAGUAACAUAAGUUUUUAAAAAACACCGAUCCGAAAAAUGUAAGUCUUCUUAAGAGUCUUCAUAUAUAAGUUUCCAAUUUGUUUCUCAUGGACUCAUUUUCAAUGCAACUGAAAGUGAGGACCAAAUUCUCUGAAAGUAAUUAAAUCGAAUUGCCUAUCCUUCUUAUUCCUUGGUGGGCUUAAGGAACGUCAUUUCUUUGUCUCUUUCCAUGAGUGUCGUGUAAAGAAACCAUCGUAAGACUACCUAAUCUACUUGGCCAUUUAAAAUACCGGAGAUUCUAUUUACUAAUAUUAGCUCAAAUUCUUCGAUGGUAUCUGGAAAUCUUUCCAAUGUUAAUGAUGCAUGACAAAGUUAAGUACUAAUCUAUCUAUAAGCAGGUUGAACUAUCAAGUGUAAGGCUUCACGCCUACAUUUAAAUGUGCUCUUCUCGAACGGAGAACUAGAGGAUUUUCAGGUAAUUAUCAAUGCACUGUAGGUAAUCCAUGUUACAGUAUGAAGAAAAAACUCUACAGACGGG